AUGGAGGACAAAAGACGGCGAGCCCGAGUGCAGGGAGCCUGGGCUGGCCCUGCUAAGAGCCAGGCCAUUGCUCAGCCAGCUCCCACUGCUGAGAACCAUCUCCAACAGAGACCUGGUCAAACCUGGAUGAACAAGGAGCAUCGUCUGUCUGACAGACAGUUUGUGUUCAAAGAACCCCAGGAGGUGGUACGCAGAGCCCCAGAGCCACAAGUGAUCGAUAAAGAGGGUGUGUAUGAAAUCAGCCUGUCACCCACAGGCAUAUCUAGGGUGUGUUUGUAUCCUGGCUUUGUUGACUUAAAAGAAGCCGAUUCAGUAUUUGAACAGCUUUGUCAGGAUGUUCCCUGGAAACAGAGGACUGGCAUCAGAGAGGAUGUAACUUACCAGCAACCAAGACUUACAGCAUGGUAUGGAGAACUUCCUUACACUUACUCAAGAAUCACUUUGGAACCAAAUCCUCACUGGCAUCCUGUGCUGCUCAUGCUGAAGAACCAAAUUGAAGAGAACACUGGCCACACCUUCAACUCCUUGCUCUGCAAUCUUUACCGAAAUGAGAAGGACAGCGUGGACUGGCAUAGUGAUGACGAACCUUCGUUGGGGAGGUGCCCCAUCAUUGCUUCACUCAGUUUUGGUGCCACACGCAUGUUUGAAAUGAGAAAGAAGCCCCCACCAGAGGAGAAUGGAGACUACACAUAUGUGGACAGAGUGAAGUUACCCUUGGGUCACGGGACCUUGUUACUCAUGGAAGGAGCCACCCAAGCAGACUGGCAGCAUCGAGUGCCCAAGGAGUACCAUUCUAGAGAACCAAGAAUAAACUUGACCUUUCGGACAGUUUAUCCUGACCCUUGAGGGGCGCACUGGUGA